AUGAGACAAGCUCAGAAUACUAUUUCUGAAUUGGAGAAUGAUUCAGGUGAUAUUAUAACAACUCAACAGGGUAUUUCAGAGAUUCUAAUUGAUUAUUUCAAGAAGAAAUUUGAAUACCAAUCAGUUCAGAUUAAUGAAUCAAUAUUUGAUGUUGUACCUCAUCUCAUUUAUGAAGCUGACAAUACUUUCUUGGAAGAAUGUCCAAAUGAAGAGGAAAUACAAAAGGUUGUUUUUAAUUUGAAUGCUGAUAGUGCACCAGGCCCUGAUGGUUUCACUGGAAUUUUUUAUAGAGAAGCUUGGGAUAUCAUUAAAGGAAACUUAUUGGAUGCUAUUCAAUUCUGUAGGAGGAACAACAUAAUACCAAGUGGUAUGAAUUCAAACUUUCUUGUCUUGAUUCCUAAAGUUAAAGGGGCUAAAACUGCUAAAAGCUUUAGACCAAUUGGUCUUAGUAAUUUUUGCUUUAAAAUUAUCACCAAGAUUAUUACUGAAAGGCUUACUAGAUAUUUUCCAAAUCUUGUCUCUCAGCAACAAUAUGCCUUCAUUAAAAGGAAUAUUCAUGAGCAGAUAUUGUUAGCUUCUGAAUUAGUGAAUGAAAUGUCAACUACUAGAAGAGGGGGUAAUGUAGGUCUCAAACUAGAUAUUUCACAAGCCUAUGAUACUAUGAGUUGGGAGUUCCUUUACAGAUCUUUAAAAAAGUUUGGUUUUUCAGCUAAAUUUUGUAACUGGAUUAUGGUCCUCCAGUCUACUAAAUUGUCUAUUACGCUCAAUGGAGGACCAAUUGGCUUUUUUGGUGUGGGUAGAGGCCUUAAACAGGGAGACACACUUUUUCCAAUUCUGUUUAUUCUUGCUCAAGAUGUCCUUAGUAGGAAAAUUCAUCAAUUAGUCAUGGAAGGAAAAAUUCAACCAAUGGUGGUAAGAAAUGGUAUUCAUCCUACACAUCUAAUGUUUGCUGAUGACAUCUUUUUAUUUUGCAAUGGAGGUAAGAAAAGCAUUGGAAAUUUGAAAUCUCUUUUAAUGGAAUAUCAAGCUGCUUUUGGCCAAGUUUUUAAUGCUACAAAAAGCAAAUGUUUUGUAGAUGGUACUUAUGAUACAAGGAGAAGACAAAUUGCAGAAUGGCCUAGAAAAGUUCUAGAAGCUUGUGAAAAAAUCAUCAGGAACUACUUAUGGUUAGGCAAUGCUGAAGAAAGAAAAUGUAUUGCCUUAAAGUGGGACAAUGUUUGCACUUCUAAAGAAGAAGGAGGUCUUGAUAUUAGAAAGCUAGAAGAUGUGAACAAGGCUCUUUUAAUGAAACUACUGUGGAAAAUCCUUAACUGUCAUGAUGAAUGGGCUAAUUUUUUUCUUGCUAAAUGGAUAGUUGGUAAUGGUGCAAAGGUUUCCUUGUGGAAUGAUAAAUGGAUUUUUGAUGAACCAAUAUGCAAGUUAUUUCCUAAUCAUCCUUAUAUUGCCUUGCAUGCUCACCUUAAAGUUCAAGAUUUAAUUGUUGAUAAUCAGUGGUGUUUUCAUGAAGACUUUCUUCAAUUCUUCAAUACUGAUCAAUUACAUGUUCUGAAAGAAGGUGAUGAUUUACUUAUAUGGUGUAACUGUCAUUCUGGGGUUUUCACAGUUUCUGAUGCUAUUAACAAAAUCAGAAUGCACCAGCCUAAGUUGCACUGGUAUAAAAAAAUCUGGAACCCUGCAGUGCUUCCUUCAACAUAUGCUAAUGUUUGGAAGAUUGCCAGAAAUGUGUGUGCAACAGUAGAGAAUCUGAGGAAAAAAGGUUUUCAAUUUGCUUCAAGAUGUUACAUCUGUCAUGAUGGAGAAGAUAGUAUAGAUCAUAUCUUGUGGAAAUGUGAAUUCAGUACCAGCUUGUGGAAUUGGCUUUCAGGUAUAUUCUUAUCUACCAAACCAAAUUCUUUUGAGGAUGUUUUGAAAAUGCAUACAAAUUCUAGUCCUGGGAUCAAAGAGUUAUGGAUUAUCAGUUCCUGUACAGUUAUGGUUGAAUUAUGGUUCUUAAGAAAUGCAAUAUAUUAUGAUGCUGAGAAGCCUGUGUUAACUAAAAUACAAUUAAGAAUUGCUAGAAAAGUCCAUGAUUGUGAAAUUAGACUGAAAGAAUCUGGUGGUUUGGGGAUUACUUCUAAUUAUGUUGCAGAAUUCAUUUUUUGUAUCAAGGCUUUAGAAUAUGCAGUUGAGCACCUCUCCUUCAAGUUAAUUCUGCAAUCUGAUUCUAGUAUGUGUGCAAAAGCUUUACAACAAAAGAAGAUCCCUUGGUUUUUGCUGGCUAGGUGGCAAAGAAUUAUGGUUAGCAUUCAAUCAAUUACCUUCAAACAUGCCUAUAGAGAUAUCAAUUUCUCAGCUAAUCAUUUUGCUAAGAAGGGGGCUCAUUUGCAGAAGGGGCAGACUUUGAGUUUUAAUGAAAGACCAAGCAAUAUGCUAAGACUUGAAUUCCCAGGGCAACCUUACUAUAGAGUUGUUUAG